AUGCUAUUAUAUUUUUUACAAAAAGAGCCAGAUGAAAGAUGUCAUAAAGAUCAUUUAGCCAUUGAAGAUCAAUUGAUUUGCUUAUAAUAUUUUGAUCUCUUACUUAAUUAAACAAAAACUAAACUCUAUAAGGCUUUGCUUCAUGUGAUGGCACAAAAUGCGGUGCUGACAAAUUAUGAAUCGGGUACAAUCAUUUGGAAAUUUAAUGAUAAAUAGGAUAAAAUUAUGAUCUUAUACUCAGGCUAAAUAUAGGAGUAUAGAGAAAUCUCAGAGGAUGAAUUAGAAGAAAAAAGAAAAAGCCUAAUGAGAUUAUACAAAUCAGAUAUUUUUAUAGAUAGACCAGGUCGAAAGGUUACUGCUACAUACUAACAAAAUGGUUCAUUAAGUUUUACAAUUAAUGAUCAGCCCAGACUACGUAGAGCUUAAGUUUGUGAAAUACCCUAAAAGAUUGAAUUGAAAAGAACAAGCAGUAUACGGCACAACCGCUUUCCUCAAUUACCGCAAUAGUACUUGCAAGCAUUAAAUACAGAAUUACAUUAACUUUUAAAAGGCAUAAUCUUACACAAUGAAUCCUACUUUUAAUAUUUAUUAAAUCAAUGCGUUUGUAAUACAAAACAAACUCAUUCAUUUCAAGAAGGGGAAUUAUUAAAUAAUGAUCCUCUGUUGAAAAAACACAACACUAUGCUUCUUGCACUAACUGAUUGUGUAAUCAUUUAGAUGAAUUUAAGUGAUUAUUAAAAUGUAGAGAACUAAAUCAAAAUUUAAAAAUAAUCAAAAAUUUAUCGACAAUUAGAAGCAGGUUUUGUUAGCGAAAUUGCUAAAUCAGAAACUGAAAUGCAUUAACUAAUUAAAACCUUAAUGGGUAAAUUUAUAAAAUUUAAAUAUAAUAUUAAUAGUACUAUUUAUUAGAAAGGACAAUCUUUGACAUAUAUUUAUGUUAUUGUUUCAGGGGAAUGCCAAAUUAAUGAUGAUAAUAAUGCUUUGGCUCGGGUGAAUUAAGGAUGUUUAUUGGGAGAAGAGUCAUUUGAUAAUGCUUAAUAUUAAUACAAAUGCGUUACAACAACUAAAUGUAAAUUAUAUGGAGUCAAAAUUAUUGACAUAAACAUAUUAUGUCAACGCUACAAUUGGUUUAAAAAUCAAUUACUAAAAAAAAAGUAGAUCAAAUCGAAUUGGUUAAAUAGUAGAUGUAUAGACUAAUAGAAUAGAAAACGAAUAGAUUCAACCACCCUGAAAUCACAAUUUCAUAUAUAAAUUAAUAAGAUUCCAACUACUUCACAAUAAUAUAAUAAAACUCACAGGUCUACAUAAUCGUAGAACAUAUUUGACAAAAACUAAUAUUAAGAGAUAAUGUCUUAUCGUGGCUAAUAUAGAAAUUCUAGCAGGCAGAAAAUAAAGAUGAAACUACCAAAACAACAUUAAUCUUAACCUAGUUUUUCCAAAGAUUUUAGUAAUGAUUUUGAUAUCGUACCUAUGCUAAUGAAUUUAGACAAGUAGCAAAGUAAUAAUCUUAAAGAAUUACUAAAAAAAGGCAAAAUUAAACCUUAUCAAUAAUUUCAAAAUUAAAAUCAAAAACCCUCUACUGCAUAAUUAUUAUCCAUUCCUUGUAAGGAGUCCACUUUAAAAAUUAUGAAACGUAUCCAAUAAUAUUUAGGCUGA